AUGUCUAUCCCUAUUCUUGGCGGGACUGUUGAGGGCCCUAACAUCCGCGGCGAAGUUAUGAGUGUCGGGGCAGAUUGGGGGACGAUUGACGCGAACGGCACUUUCAGGGCCGAUGCUCGCUAUCAGUUGCGUACCAAUGAUAGCGCAGACAUCUUUAUACAUGUCACCGGCCCAACACAGCCAAACGGACAAGUCUUGAACCACAUCACUUUUGAGACUGGCAGCGACAAAUACUUCUGGUUGAACAACAUUGUUGCCGUCGGCAUAUCCACCUUGGGGCAGGCCACAGUCGCAGUUGAUGUCUGGGAGAUGGUCAAUGAACAUUAG